AUGUUCUCCAAAGUCUUCACCGCCGGCCUUGCUGCCUUUGCGCCUCUUGUGGCCGCCUACACCAAGCCUACUGGUGACGCCCCAGUUGGCAACCCCAUUUCGCAGCCUGGUCUGAACAGUGUUGUGCCAGUUGGCGAGGGUUUCACGAUCACCUGGAACCCCACCACCCAGGGAACUGUCACGCUCGUCCUCCUCAAGGGCCCCAGCGAGAACGCUGUUCCCCAAUACGCCAUCGUCGAGAAGACCGAGAACGAUGGCAGCUACGUGUGGACUCCAUCCACCGACCUCGAGCCUACCGAGGGCGCUAAGGGCUAUGGUAUCCAGCUCAUCGACGACGCCACUGGUCAAUACCAGUACACCACUCAAUUCGGAAUCAGCAACCCAAAGCCCAUGAAGGCCAACGUCCCAGCCAACACCCCAGCCAACCCCCCAACCUACGGCGCUCCUUCCACCUCUUCUUCCAGCUCUUCCGUCAGCUCUUCUGCCAGCUCGGAGUCGAAGACCAUGGAGAUGCCAACUCCUUACGCUCCCAAGGCCACUUCCACCUACAUGACCAAGCCCAUUUACGGAACUGGUGUCACCUCCGCAUACGUUCCCAAGCCAACUGGAUACUGGACCGCCAACACCACCAUGGUCGCACCAACUGGUCACAUGCCUAGCUCCACCAUGAAGACCAGCGCUGCCACCAACGUUCCUUCCGCCACCUACGAGGGCCCAUCCCAGCAAACCGGCGCUGCAUCCAACGUCGCCAUCAGCGUCUUCGGCCUCGUCGCUGCUGCUGGUGCCGCUGUCUUUGCCAUCUAA